GUUGCUUUUCGUUGCUGCGGAUGGAGAAACUGCGGAGAGCAGUGAAGGAGAUCGCCUAUGUUCAGGAUCACGCCAAGCUAUCUACGCUUCAUCGUUCUCUCAUCCCUUUCCUCUCCUUUGCUUCUUCUCUUUUCAGAGUCGCUCUUUCCUUCCGCCAUUUUCUCUACCGCUCCGGUACCUUCUCCAAGCACAGGUUGCCUGUGCCGGUCAUAAGUGUCGGGAAUUUGACGUGGGGAGGCAAUGGGAAGACGCCGAUGGUUGAGUUCAUCGCUAAGUACUUGGCAGAUUGUGGAAUUUCACCCCUCAUUUUAACGAGGGGUUAUGCUGGUGGAGAUGAAGCUAAAAUGCUGCGGAGGCAUCUUAUUGGGGGGCCUGCUAAAAUUGGUGUAGGUGCAAAUCGGGCUGCAACAGCUGAUGGAUUCUUUAGAAAGUAUGGUUAUGUAGUUUAUGGUUGUAGAUCGUCUGAGAGAAAAAGUGUUAAUGAGACAAUGAGAAGUCAUCUUGGGUCAGAGAAAAUUGGUGCUGCAAUUCUUGACGAUGGAAUGCAGCACUGGAGCUUGUGCCGUGAUCUAGAGAUAGUGAUGGUUAACGGCUUAAUGCCCUGGGGGAAUCUCCAAUUACUUCCUCUUGGACCCUUAAGGGAACCUCUGAUCGCACUUGGACGAGCAGAUGUUGCUGUAGUCCAUCAUGCAGACUGGGUAUUAGAACAGGAUCUUAAAGAUAUUGAAUUGAUGAUGCAAGAAAUUAAAGAAUCACUUCCUAUUUUCUACACAAGAAUGGCUCCCUCACAUUUCUUUGAAGUGGGAAAUGUUAACAUCAAAAUACAUUUAGGAGCUGUUUGCAACUCGACUGUUUUAUGUGUUUCUGCAAUUGGUUCUCCAGAUGCUUUUGUGCAGCAAAUGGAGAAGAUGGGGGCAUUAUACGUUGACCGACUGGAAUUUAGUGACCAUCACUCUUUUGAGAUUGAGGAUAUUUGGAUGAUGAGAAUGCGACUUAGACAACUCGAAGACAAGUUUUGUUGCAAGCCAAUUUUAGUAGUUACCGAAAAGGAUUAUGAUCGAGACCCAGAGAUUCUGAAACAUUUGAAUCCUUUUGAAGUUCUGGCACUCUGUUCUGAACUCCAAUUCAUAUCUAACAAAGAAUAUAAUGAGGAUUACUUCAAGAACUUGUUGAGGAAACUAGUGGAAUAACUGUACCUGAUGCAAGUUAUACUGGAUCUCUGAUACUUCAAAAUAGGGCCAAAGGUCUUAGUUGAAGCAGUGCUGGAGAAUAUGUUUCAGCAGGACCAACCGUUUUGUGGCCAUCUGGAUCAAGGAAGGAAAUGAUUCUGGUGAUUGGAUCUGGGAGUCUGGUUAUCUUUCCUCCAAGUUCUUGACUGACCAGUGUGACAACAGCAGCACUCUUGUAUACAUCGUCAGUGCUUAUAGAAACCUAGCGAUGGGGUUCAAUGUUGCAUCAGUGGUGUAUUCAGUCACAUUAUAGUUAUAUUUCAACUCCACGGCAGUUGUCUGAGUUAAGUUUGAUCCAUAAGCCAUCAUAGCAAUGGCAAACUGUCCAGUAAAAAACACGUCAAAGAAAUGAUCCUGUACCCUGGAGUGCUAAAGCUUCCGUGCAGGUAUGAAUCUGAGUCUCAAAUCUUGUAAUCUACAUUUAUGGUUGUAUAGAAGUUACAGGUUAAUUUACUUACCUGCUCCUGAGGGAUAUCAUAUUUCUGUAGUAACUUCAUGCCCAAGGCCUGCACAGGGUU